GUCCUGCUUGUCAUAUCACCACAACCAUCCAUCAUCAUCCUUUGCACCAAUUACUAUUAUAUAGUGCGGCGUUCCCUCUUCCUAUUGUGCUUGCAUCUAUUUGUCAGCUACUUCUUGAUCUUCAUGAUGAUGUCCUCACUCAUCGUUACCCUGGCGCGUGAUCCUGGGCCAAUAAGGCCCCUUGAAGCCAUUGAGGGCGAGGAUGCUGCUAGAUUCUCAUCUGACCAAAGAGAUGAAAUGAGUUUGACUGAGGCUCUUUUGCCUGAAAACGUCUCCAUUCCUGUAAAAGCAAAUGGCGAGCCCCGUUGGUGCAGAAAGUGCUGGGCUCCAAAACCAGAACGAACUCACCAUUGUUCCGAAUGCAAUCGAUGUGUGCUGAAGAUGGAUCAUCAUUGCCCAUGGCUGGCCAAUCGCUGUGUUGGCGCACGGACAUACCCUUCGUUCUUACAUUUUUUAUUUUCAACUACUCUGUACUCUACUUACCAAUUCUGGGUUGCCGCACCAGCUGUGUGGUACUAUCUUGACCGGCCAUUCAUACUGGAUGAAACCGAUUACACACCUUUUCACGCCCUAACCAUUGCACUUCUUGCUGCAAUAUUCACACUGACCGUUGGGCCUUUCUUCAUAUAUCAUGUUUAUCUAACGUGCACGAAUCAAACAACCAUCGAAACCCUUCAUCCUUACAUGUUGUUGUCAUACCUCGCCCCAUCGGUCCGAUUGCCGAGGAUAAUGGGACCGAUCCUCGACGACCCAUAUCGUUUCCCGUCGCCUCCACCGCGUCGUUGGGUGGAGCAUGGACUCAAUAGCAAACAGCGGAUGCUCGUUCGAGAGGCAGCAGGGAGGAUACGAAUAUACGAUCUCGGGUGGAGGGAGAAUAUUUGGCAAACACUUGGAGGUCCCGACCCAUCACAAGUCUCGUUUAGCAAAAUGCGCAUAUGGACUGAACGGAUGCUUUGGGGUGGUCGAGGGUAA